UCGAAGGAUGAUCGAUCGAUAUGAUGACGACGAGGUCGUGAAACCAGCUACUAGUUUUCGAUCGUGUGCUCUUUCGAAGACGUCAAAUCCUCGCGCAAGUCUUCCAGCGGAAAGGUUGUGUUUGCAGUGAGGUAAUUCAGGAAGAAGAGAAGGCCCCUUGGUCGCGAGCUUGCGGUUGAAGAAACACAAGAACAGAAGGCCAGGCAGCUGGUUCGGUCACUUUCGUCAAGAUGUCGGCUCUCUUCAAUUUCCAGUCACUUCUGCUGGUCUUCCUGCUUAUCAUCUGUACGAGCACCUACGCCCACUCGAUCAUGCCGGGGAUUAUGGAUCGGAAUCAAAAUGGCUUCUUCGGUAUCUUCUGGAAAUGUGCUCGCAUCGGUGAACGGCUCAGUCCCUACGUCAGUAUUUGCUGCGUGGUGAUGGCUGUUUCGAUCUUCUUCGGCGGCUGAUCGAGGUGUCUUGCUUUUCUCACGAGUUACAGGAAAUAGCAUGGUAGUAUACUGUCCUUUACAUCAGCCAGUGGCGUUAAUUUGAAGUUUGUACUCUCACCAUGCCCUUUGUGUAGCAUGAAGCUUGAUGUGUUUUCUUCCUGAAUUUUAGAAGUGAUGGAUAUGUACAUGAUAUCGAAGAAAUGUGACUUCACUCCACGAGGUAUAUC